UUUCUUUGUUUGUCUUGUGACUGAGUGCAUGGCUCUGUCUUUGUUUUGGCCAUGUGCUCCUCUGGUCCUGCCUCCUUCUUUCAUCCUUAUUGAGUCCUCAUUUGCCUGAGUGUGCUCACCUGUUCCUCAUGUUCUCAGCUCCCUUAAUAGUGUGUUCUCUUGCCCUCAUGUUUUCUUUGUUGUUAUACACUUUGCUAUGUAAUAGUUAUUUGCUGUUAAAUAGUCAGUAGUGGACCUUCUUUGUAUUUACUUGUAGAUCUUGCCUGCCAAUCCUUGUUGUGCUUUGUUCAUUCCUCUGUUCCUGAUUCCUCUGGAUUAUUCCUAGGAUCUCUUUAUCAGCCCUGUCCUGCAGGCUGAGCCUCUCUGAACACUUUCUCUUGUGCUGUGUGAUCCUGCCUGAUCCUCGCUGUUUUCCCCAGUCUUGCACUACCAUUCCUUCGCAGCUCUCUAACCCACCACCAUCCUGGGCUGGACUCCGGGGCCGCUUUCUCAGACUGCCUGUCAUUGUGCCUCGUACCUGCCUAUUGUUUGGACUGUUCACCUCCUCUCUCUCAAUCUCUCGUCUUGUCGAUAAACCCGUUAUCACUCAUUCUGCAGUCAUGGAAACAGACGCGUCUCUCCUCGGCGUUGAACUAGAGCAGAAACAGCAAGAAGGGCUGUAUCAACAAUGUUUGCUUCAGACCAUGGGAAAAGUGCAAAGCGAAAAUCCCCCCUCCAAAGUCAUCUGUCCACAACCAGGCAUGUGUGUGAAGACCUUCUCAGUGUCAGACAAAAAGAAGGUCUUUCUGAAUAUCUGUCAGUCACAGGCGGUACCGCCCCCUCCUCAUCUGUCCCAGGAAGCACUCGUGGAUCUACUGGAGUCAGAGGACCCGACGAGUUACAGAGUGCCCAUGAGUCUCGGCGAGCCGCAUACAGAAGUGGACAACAGCUCACAAGGCUGUACUGUGUAUGAUGUCGUGAUCAACGAUGAGUUCUUCCAGAAAUGUCAGAAAGAUACCCUGUUCCAGCAGUUUCUUAUUGCAGUUUCUUUGGAAGGACUGGAAAACAAAUACAACCUUGAGUUGAGCAGAGAUAUUAAGGUUUUGAAGAACAGGAAAUUCAUGGGCUCUAUAGCAGAACAAAACAUCCGUACCAAGAGUAAGCCAAUUAUCCAGGAAAUUGACUCAAAGCAAUCUGACUCCUUUCCUUCAUCAACCAAACGUCCAGAGUUCAGUUUAUUAGUGGAGCCCCCAUCUGGAAAUGCAGAGCAUCUGAUCGCUGAGAUUCUGCUACCUGGAGUGAUAUCUGCUCGCUCUCUUGUUCUGGAUUUGGGAGAGGACAGACUAGUGCUGGUUGCUCAACCUCCUCUUUUCCACUUGGAUAUUUUCUUUCCCCUGCUUAUUGACCAAGAAAAAAGUGUUGCCCAGUUCAACACAAAUACACAGACGCUCACAGUGACCAUGCCAGUAGCGUCUUCAUAAAAACUAUUGCAAGGCUGUUAUUUCAU